GCUACACUGACAGGAAAUGAUGACGGAUGAUGAUGGCAGCAGCAGCCGUUCUCCUCUGCAGCCAGAGGAUUUUGAUAUAGCCUUUAACUUGCUCUUCCCAGUGUCCAGUGUGUCCCCGUAUUUCUCUGAUAUAUUCAGAGACUUUCUGGCAAAUUUGUCCUUCCCUCAAACCAUCACUGAGUCUUUAAUCAUACAAGACUUGAACUUCACUACAUGGUGUUAUCCAAACUCCACCGGAGGACUGCAGUGGCAAUGUGAGGACCAGUUUGGCUGGUCAUGUGACAAGUGUGAGGAAUACGGUUCCUGCAGUGAUGUCAUCUCCCAAACCUGUGGGUGCAUAAAAGGACUUCCUCCAGGUGGAGAGUUCUGUGAACCAAUCACAAAUAUGGCUCCCUGUCUAAGACCAUGCACUGGUAUGAAAAAACAUUUUGUUCAUUUAUUUGCAAUAAAAUAAAAUUCAACUCAUUCUAUAGUCACUGAGUUAUCUAAAACAGCAUUCAUGUAUUCAUGCUGUCUUUUGAGAGGUCUGGAAAAUGCUUUUGCCAUGAUGUAAUCUGUAAUUUCCACAAAGCAUGCUGAUCAGUGUGAUUUUCAAUGAUUGAACUGUAGUAGAGACGAGCAAACAUAUUGGUACAUCUGAGAAGAGA